AUGCUUAGCAAGAAAUUAGUGAGACAGGUAGACUUGAGAUUUCAAGAUACAAACUACAAGACAGUAACUUCUAUGGACUAUUUGAGCACUAACUAUGGACAGCGUACGGCACGGAUUAUAUAUUCGUUUAUUUCGUGCAUUCACAGGAAAAUCAACCAUGACGUUUCAAAGAUUUCAGACGAAAUGAUUUCGAAAGUAAUGAGGCCGAUGGACAAGCUCAAGCUUUUCCUAUUGUUGGUGAUGCUUUCGCAGCGUGGGGGUCCUGACUACUGGAUGGACAAGCAUGGAAAGUCCAAUGAGCUGGACGAUGAGGAAGAAGGCGAAGAGGGCGAGGAAGUUGAAGAAGGUCGUUUAAAAGGUGUUAAGAAGAAGCCCAAGCUCUUUUGUACGUUGUUGGAGAACGUUAUGAGAGAGAACAUUAAGAAGAGUUUUGACGAGUCUGUAUAUGACGAAAACUACGUUUACAGUUCGAUAUGGGCGAAUUUCAUGGAAGGGUUGAUCAAUCAUUACUUGGAGCGGGUUAUCAUACCGAAAUCUGAACGGAAGGUUUGCCAGCAGUUGUACAAACCCAUGAUGAAGAUUAUUUCAUUGUAUAAUGAAUACAACGACUUGAUAGAGAAGAGCGAAAGCUCUGGUCUGAUGAAUGGUGGCGAGUCUGAGAAUUUGGAGAACAAGCUAGCCAAUGCACAGAAGCUUCUUUGGAAGGCUAGACAAGACAUUCCGAAAACCAUCAGUAAGGAAUUGACCUUGUUAUCAGACAUGUAUUCUACGCUUAGCGUUGACGAACAGGAUUACCAGUUAGACCAAUUCGUUUGCUGUGCUGAAGAGUAUAUAGAGCUGGUCUAUUUGCCCAGUUUGAUUGACGUUUUAUUUACCAAUUGCGGGUCGUUAGAUUUUUGGAAGAUCAUGUUUGUUCUGGAACCAUUCUUUUACUACAUAGAAGACCUUCCUGAUGAAACAAGUAGCUUGGAUAUUGAAGUCCUUGACAUAGAGGAUGAAUUAGAGAAGGAGCCAAGUAAACCUGAUCCUAGAGUAGCAACGUUGGAAAAAAUUUGCGAAGUCGCGGCCAAAGAAAGGUGGAUAUAG